AUGCCUGAGUUUGGGGAUUUCAUAAGCGUUCUGGGGGAUUUCGGGCGAUACCAGAAGUUGCUGGUGUUGAUCAUCUCCCUCCCACAACUUCUGAUCCCUUUCCAAAUGAUCGGACAAGUGUUCAUGGUGGUGGAGGUGCCCCACCACUGUGACACGGGCUGGAUCCGCGCCGUCGGCCCCAACCUGACGGAGGAAGAGCAGCUGAACCUGACGCUGCCGCGGGGCGCGGACGGGGCGUACGAGCAGUGCUCCAGGUACUGCCCCGUGGACUGGGACCUGGGCUCCAUCGCCGCCUACGGCCUGAACGCCACCGAGGGGUGCCGCAGCGGCUGGGUGUACCCCUCAGCACCGCCCCCCUCCCUGCUCACCGAGUUUGACCUGGUGUGUGAGAGGAAGUACCUGAACGACGUCUCCCAGGCUGUCUACAUGGCGGGGCUUCUCCUAGGGGCCAUCAUCUUUGGGCCACUAAGUGACAGCAUAGGCCGUCGGCCAGCCUUUCUGAUCUCCAUCUUCCUCCAGGCCUUAUUCGGUGUAGGAACUGCCUUUGUGCCCCAUUUAUACGUGUACAUGGCCUUCAGAUGUGUCGUGGGGGCUUCGGUGUCAGGACUUCUGAUUACUGCCUUGGCCUUGGCUACAGAGUGGGUUGGUAUCUCCUCCCGGCCAAAGUCAGUGCUUAUUUCUCACUGCUGUUCUGCCGUUGGGCAGAUGGUGUUGGCUGGAGUCAGUUACGGUGUUCGCAACUGGAGGCUGCUGGAGAUUGCAGGAUCUGCUCCAAUGUUUGUCCUUUUCUUCUACAUCUGGGUGUUACCAGAAUCCGCACGGUGGCUG